UAAAGGAAGAGGAGAAAAGACAGUACCAACAAGUCUGUAUUUUUUUGAGUAGAAAACAAAUAUAGGUGGCAGAGCUUUUUGCAAGCACCAUGAGAGUUUCAUGAUUACCUGACAGUAACUGGAAAGAGUUUCAGCAUGUGCGCUGAAAACAAAAACCUGACCUGGACGCUACUGCUGUUUCUGUCUGGUAAGUACAACACUUAAAUCUCAUUUAAGGUAACAUUGAAAUAAAUAAAAUGAGCAUUAAUACAUUUGUUUCAGGUGUUCUCUGCGAAAAUUGGAAAGUGGAAUAUCAACCUCAACAUAUCUGUACAGUGAAAGGCUUGUAUGUUGUCAUUGGAUGUUCAUUUUACUAUCCUGAAGGACAGAGAGUUCAAACUGUCAAAUGGGGUCAUGAAAGAAAUCAUAUUUAUGAUGGUCCUUUCAUAUAUGAUAGCGAGUCAGUGAAUACCUCCUCAAGAUUUCAGUAUAUUGGAGACAAAGUUCACAAUUGUUCUUUAAAAAUACAUCAAGUACAGCAUCAUGAUGCAGGAAAAUAUGCAUUCAGAUUCAUAACUCAAUCAACAAAUGGCCAAUGGACUGGUAAGGAAGGCCCAAAAUUACAGAUUGUUGGUAAGUUUUCUCUUCUUUUUCAUAAACAAAACAGAUUUGUGAAUUCUCUCUAGUACUUCAGUCCGAAAAGUUUGAAACUCAUUCAGUGCUUUCCUCUUCUAGAUCUGAGGGCUGUGGUGACAAAAACGAAUGACAACAGAACAAUGAUGGAAGGCGACUCAGUGAAUCUGACCUGCAUUAACAGCUGUGAUGGUGAUGACCUCUCAUCUGCUUUCACCUGGUUUAAGGAUGGAGAACCCAUAAAUGAAGGACCUGUACUUUAUCUGAGCAACAUUUCCUUCAUUAACUCUGGAAACUACACCUGUUCCCUAACAACACAUGAAGGAACGACUUCAGGAGUCAUAAAUAUCGAUGUUGAAUAUGGUCCCAAGGACACGUCUGUCAGUCCACUGAUGGAGGUAGAUACCGGCAGCAACAUCAGCCUCACCUGCAGCAGCCAUGCAAACCCCCCGGUGGAGGAAUAUACUUGGUUUAAAAUGUAUGAUGAUGAAAUUCGGACUAUUGGAGAUGAGCCUGAACUGCACUUAUGGGAGGUUUCUUCCGAUGAUGAUGGCCAGUACUUUUGCAGUGCCACCAAUAAACAUGGAAGUCAAAACUCUUCUACUGAGACAUUAAAGGUUAAUGAAAAUUUACCUGACAGCACAGUUACCGGUGAUGUAUUUACCAUUGCUACUGCUGCCAUUGUUACUACUGUUACUUUGCUUCUGAUUGUGACUGCUGUUAUUGUCAUCAGAGGAUGCAACAAAAAGAGGACAAGAGCACCAGAGACUGUUUGUGAGGAGAACAUUCAGAAUGCAGUCUACGUCAACUGGCCGGUGUUUGACAACAGCCAAUCACAUGAAGGAAAUCUGUGUGAGGGAGCAACAAUGGAAGUCAUCUACACAGCUGUUGACUUCAACGCCAAGAGAGAGUCAAACAUGCAGCAGCAGAUGGACUCCCAUAAUGAUGAUGAAGGAGUGAUUUACAGCACAGUGUGCAGGGACCAAAUCCUGAACCCUUCAUACAUUGAACAUCUCUAAUUUGAUAACAAUCACAUGCUGUUUUUCUGUUUCUUUAAAAAAAUGUGUCAAAAUAUCUUAAAAUAUCAAAACUUUUACUAAAACAGGAACAACAUUGUGUAUUAACACUAAUUCUUGUCGAUCAAAAUGAAGACAACAAAUUCAGAGAGAACUAUGAGAUACUGAUUUAUGCAAAUUUGCACCAGCUAUCUCUUUAAUAAUGUCACAUGCUGUCCUUUCUCACCUCUGCCUUUUUCAUAUUUAACAAAAGUUAAUGUAAAAGUAAUCAAACAAUGUGUUAGAAUAUGUUUCUUUUAAUUCAAGUUAGUUCAUUUCUUUCAUUAUGCCUCUGGGUCAAUGCACUCACACACACAUUUUUAGCACUGCAAAAGGUAAUUUUCUUUCUGUAGUCCUCGGUUCCUGAGGUUCUCAAGAGUAGUUUGUUAAAUUAUAUCCUCCACCAAGACUCUGGAUGAUUGCAGCAGGGCUGUAGAAGUUGAAAAGAUGUGAAAGAAAUUAAACACAGACACCUAUGUGAGGCACAAACUGUUAUAUUGCACAAAUGAGAGCUAAAUGAAAGUACUGUAGAGCCAAACAGUAAAGGAGAAAGCACUUUUGCUUUUACAGAAGAGAUUUUGAAU